AUGCAUAGGCUUCCUUUGCCUUUCGCUCUGCUUACUUGCUGCGGCUACUGGAAACCGACAAAAUGGCCAGCUAGUUCGCUGAAAUACUGGCUGUACGACGUUUACUCGGUGUUUAUGGUCUUUUUGCUCUAUUUUUUCACGUUUUGCGCAUGCAUAGACUCGUUGAUCAGCAAAGAUCUCAAGACGAUGACAGAUAAGUUUUCUCUGUUCAUCUCUGUGUUCGGUGUCUCUCUGAAAGUAGCCAAUUUAUUCCUUCAACGGGGGAGGAUUAUAAACGUGAUGAACAUUUUGCUGACGGAGAAUUGCAUCCCGAGGGACGAGCAAGAAAAGAUAAUACAACGGAAGAACGAUAAUUACGCGAGAAAACUGACAAUCUACUGCGAGAUCCUGAACGAAUCCGCCGCAUUCUUAGCUACGGUAGCACAGUACAACGAAUUCAUACGCUCCAAGACUUUGCCAAUAUCCGACUGGGUGCCUUACGAUUUGUCCUCGCAAAAAUUGUACACGAUAUCUCUGUUGCAUCAAACGAUAGGCCUGAUGGUCUGUGCGAACACCAGCGUGGCAAACGAAACACUUAUCGCAGGGCUGAUGAUACAAGCUGGCGCGCAAUUCGAGAUAUUUUGCCAUCGAGCGAGAAAUCUAACCGCCCUACUCUUGGAUACCAGAAGAAACAGCGAGUCUAGAGAAGCUUUUAAGACCAGAUGUAAUCGAAUACUUGGAAAUUUCGUGGAAUAUCAUCUGGAAGUUUACAAAUUUACACAGACGGUGAACACUGUGUUCCAGUACAUGAUUUUCCUGCAAUUUUCCAUCAGUUCGACGGUGCUGUGUUUGAGCAUCUAUAAAAUGUCGACGAUUAAUCCAUUUAGCAUGAACUUCGUCUGGUGCGCCUCCUAUUUAUGCUGUAUGCUCACGCAGGUGUAUUUAUACUGUUGGUUCGGGAACGAGGUGACGUUGAAGGUUGGCACCGUGUUUCCUCGAAGCGAAAAAGUAGGCGAAGCUAUUUACGAGAUGGACUGGACGGCACUUCCCACCGAUAUAAGGAAAGAUCUAUUGCUGAUCAUGGCGAGAUCAAAACGACCUGUUAAAAUGACAAGCGGCCACGUCGUCGUUUUAUCCGCAGAAUCAUUUAUGUCUAUCAUGAAGAUAACGUAUUCGUCGUACAACCUCUUGACAAAUUCUACAAACAAAUAA